GUUCCACCUUGUUCCACCUAGUAUACCACCUUCAACACUUUGAUUCCAAGAUACUGAUCCUCUCAUUCGUUACUUAUACCUUUACUCUUAUACACACCCCACAAUCCUGCUGCUAGUAGGCUAGCUGCAUCUGUUGUUUUCCUCUCGAUCAGCAUUCGUGCAUACCUUCGUCCUUGGCUUGGCUACGUUUUCAGUCACCGCGCCUUGACUAGCCUCGUUUUUUUGCUCCUGAAUUCGCAGUGUCUAGAGGCUUGUCGCGUAUCAGUAGCACACAUGCAGGCCCUACCAUUUUUCCAAGUUUCGGACCUCCCUCCUUCGGCCUCCUUCUUUGCGGCAGUCGCCCAGCCGCUGGGUCUCAAGUAUAUAUCCGCCAAUUCCUCGUCGAUAGUAUUUGGUGACACCAAUUCGCCUACCCCUGAACCGAUCUUUGAGGUAAAGCAAAGGAUCGGCCCCGACGCCCACCCGCCGCAACCCUGCCGCUUAGUCCUCUCAGCAACUUCACCCUCGGUCGUAUCCGCCUUCCACGCAGCUGCCCUGCGAUCCAAUCCAGAUCUAAAGGAGUGUGGCCCAAACAUCAAUUACCUACAUAUACAAGACAAUUCAGAUCCGAACGGUGAAAGUCGCGCAAGAGUGAGCGACUUCGACGGGAAUAUUAUGGAAGUCGUUCACGGCAGUACUCCUGAUUAUGCCACAAGCCAGGUCGGCUCGACGGUGCGUCGAACUCAGUCCUCUUCACACGAAGUGAGUCGCGUUCUUGACUGGAACCUAGAUGUGGCGCCCUCACGGUCCGUCGUCGGCUCUGCCACGGCCAGCUCGACCGUGGGGAGCCGUGCUUCCAACGGUGACCCCCUUACCGUGCUGCGGAAAAGCGUCACCACGACCUCGACUGUAGAGUCCUCGCCGCGUGAGAAUCCACAGGGGCUCACUUCCACUGUGUUCGGUACUGUCCUUGGUGUCGCUGUUGGCGCCGCCGUUGGUGGUGCUCUCACUUAUUCUAUGAUGAAGGACGACCGAGAGCGUAUGGCUUUCCAGGAAUAUGAGCAACCACCCGCAUUUGCCAGACGUUCUACGUUUCCGGACCCCUACCCAACAAACCAACCCAGGUACUACCCGCCAGCUAGCUUCGCCGGUGGGCCAAGAAGCAGGGUAGUGGAGGAGCUCGACGAUCGUGCUAGCCGUCACUCAAGCCAAUACACUACUGGAAGCCGAACCCGAAGCGAGGCCUCUUCGGCAAGACGCCCACUUAUGAUAGCUGAUCACGAGUAUAAGAGCAACGCUGGCAGCAGUGCGGGUCCCAAGUACGGCGACGCGCCACGACUGCUGAUGGAUGCGGAGCACCGCAGCGUCGCGAGCUCCAGGCACACCGCUGCGGAUAACCAUAGCCAGGCGGGUUCAAGAUACACUACAGCAUCAUCGAGACGCUCUCCAGAGUCGGAUUAUCGUAGCUACGCUAGUUCGAAAUAUACUUCUACAGCGAGGCCCCGCGACCCUGAAGUUGAGACAUACAUCUCAGCCCGUAGCGAUAGGUCCGCUAGUACGAUUAGGCCCGCGCCCGCCAGCGUCGAGACAGCGCCGCCAUCACGUGCUCCAUCGAAGGCCGGAAGUCGUUUCUCUUCAUCCACGGUUCGAGGACCCAAUCGUGCGCCAAGCCAUGUUUCAGCCAGGAACGUACCGCAGCCGGAGAGUGUUAUCGGAGGAGGGCGUGGAAAUUGGGAAGAUGAUGUGGAUAGUGUGGCGCCAAGUGAUAGUAUAAGCAAUGUUGGAAGUCGGAGCAGUCGGCGCUCGCAGCGUGUCUAGUAUUUGGGGGAGUUCUAUAGCGAUACAACUGGUUAAAAUGAGAAAUAUGCGAUAGAAUCCUAUGUAUUGGGAGGACAUUUGAUUCGGGCACAUCUGCAAUGGAUUAUACAGUUUUGAUAUUGGUAUUUUUAGUGGAAUCUGGGCAUAUAAAUAUAUAUAC